GCACAGCUAGUUGAUCUGAAGUCUGAACUGACAGAAACACAGGCAGAGAAAACAGUAUUGGAAAAGGAAGUGCAUGAUCAGCUUUUGCAACUCCAUGCCGUUCAGCUUCAGCUACAUGCCAAAACUGGUCAGAGUGUUGAUUCUGGUGCUAUUAAGGCAAAACUGUCUGUCCUUUCUGUGGACGAAAUGGAGAGAGAACUUGAAGCUAACAAGAAAGAAAAAGUGAAAGAAGCUCAGCUGGAAGCUGAGGUGAAGUUGCUGAGGAAGGAAAAUGAAGCACUUCGUAGACACAUAGCUGUGCUUCAGGCUGAGGUUUAUGGAGCAAGAUUGGCAGCCAAGUAUUUAGAUAAGGAACUAGCUGGAAGGGUCCAGCAGAUUCAGUUACUGGGCCGAGAUAUGAAGGGACCUGCUCACGACAAGCUGUGGAAUCAGCUUGAAGCAGAAAUACACCUUCACCGUCACAAAACUGUUAUUAGAGCUUGUCGAGGUCGAAAUGAUCUAAAACGACCAAUGCAAGCACCACCAGGACACGAUCCUGAUGCCUUAAAGAAGAGUCAAGGUGUUGGUCCGAUCAGAAAAGUUUUGCUAGUAAAAGAAGACCAUGAAGGACUAGGAAUUUCAAUCACAGGUGGGAAGGAGCAUGGUGUUCCAAUACUGAUCUCUGAAAUCCAUCCUGGACAGCCUGCUGAUCGAUGUGGAGGGCUGCAUGUUGGUGAUGCUAUUCUGGCAGUAAACGGAGUUAAUCUAAGAGAUGCCAAACAUAAAGAAGCUGUAACUAUUCUUUCCCAGCAGAGAGGCGAGAUUGAAUUUGAAGUAGUGUACGUUGCUCCAGAGGUUGAUUCGGAUGAUGAAAAUGUAGAAUAUGAGGACGAGAGUGGACACCGUUACCGUCUGUAUCUUGACGAAUUGGAAGAAGGUGCAAAUUCAAGUUCUAAUAGGAAAGAUGCCAAUGUGGAUGUCAAACCCUCACAAGUGUUUGAUAAGAAGGCAAGUAUUGAUGGACAUGAAAAUGGAGACGUGGGGAAUUCGGUUGAAGCUCCAUUAGAAGACACUGCACCCAAAUUAGGCCGUUCUGCUGAGUCUUUAUCCUAAAAACAAAGAAACAAAAAAAUCAACUGGACAGAUCCCAUGUUUGGGAACAAUUGAUAAUCAAUAUUGACUGCUCCAAGUUGCAUAUACUAGUGUAGGUUGUUAAAAGGUGAUCAAAUGUCAAAGGGAACUGUAUUACUGUUGCCUGGAAAAAAGGCAGUUACCUCAGGGCUUCGUUGUGAGCAAUUCUAAAUGUGGAAAACUGUCUUUUCCGUGACACACAGUAGUUAUCUAACACAUGGCAUGUGACAUGAAUUUUCUUUUAAUAAUAAGCACCAAAGCAUGGGAUUUCUAAAAAGGAUAACCUCAAUACAUUCAACUUUUAAUCUCAUUGAUGUCCCCAGGGAAGUCAAAUAAGAUGUGGCCAGCUUCAUUUGGACCCUUUGAUGUUUUUAAAGGGACAACUGAUGUUCAGUUUGGUGUGAAACAAGCUUUAACUCUAGGAGGAUGGGGGGGAGGAAUUGUACCGUUGUAUCCAUGAGUUUUGUACUUAGGAUUUU